AUGUAUAUCCAAUACAAGCUAUUGGAUUUGGUGGAGGGGAAGGAGAAGAUGCCGGAGGCCACAGAGCUGAAAGGAGCGUGGAUGAAGCGAUCGUUCGACGCGUACAUGCUCAUGUCAUGGUCUGCCCUAGCGAUCAACCUCAACUCCCAACAACCCCAAUGGAGCGUGGAUUACAUUCGCGCGCGCAUCCUAGAGGAGGACCUGCGGCGGCGGAGUGUGGAGCAUUCGGAGGAGGGGGCUGGCUAUGGAGUUGAAGGUGGAAAGAGUGGCUUCAAGAAGAAGUGGAAGGGCAAGAACAAGGAUAACCCUAAGGAGGAUGGCGGCCGGGGUCAGGGGGAGGUGUGCUUCUACUGCAAGAAGCGCGGACAUCGUUGGCAGAAGUGCUACCAACGACCCAAGGAUUGGAUCCCGCCUUCAUCAAGCAACCAGCGUGGUGGCACGAGGAGUGGGGGAGUCAUGGGAGCUAGUGGAGAGGAGAAGGAUGAGGAGAAAGGUGGCAAAUCUGAGGAGCGGAAGGCCGGGUUCUUCUUCGCGAACGAAGAGCUGACCAGUGACCACAGUGGCGGUGGUGAGCAGCAAGGUGCUGGUCCUGCUGCGAAGGAGGGGUUGGAGGAUGAGUCGGCACGUGUGGACUCACCAUCUCAGCCCGAGCUUGCUGCAAACGCCAAGGUCACCAAGAGGAGUGUGCAGAGAGGAGCUUCACCACAUGGCAGCAGAUUGCAACCCGCGAGAAAAGAGUGGCAGCAGCACCCUCAAGGCUGA